GCACCCAAUGUUUGUAAAAUAUUCCAAAAACUGAAAAAUUAAAAGUUUAUUAGCUUUCAAUGUUGUCUUACUAUGAAGCGUGUUUGCAAAAAUGCGCGUUUUACGCCUUGGCCGGCUUUACGGGUUUUAUGUGUGGCGUGCUGUUCCAGCAGGAGGCGUCUAUAUAUCAAUUAUUUAGCUUAAUUCACAGUGAUCCUUAUGUAUAUUAUCAUCGCCAAAAACUUUAUCCAAUUCUAUCGACAUUCACAACAAAUCACGAAGCACGCCUCUGGAAGAAGUCGCCUGGUUUAACGGAUAGAUUACGCAAUUGCAUUUUCUUUCAGCUCUUUGAUCAUAUUCCUCAGCUUUUAUUUAGCAAGCAAGUGACGUUGAGUACGCCUGAUUUAUUAGAGCUCGUCAAAUAUGGUCUGCCCAGCAUGGAGAAUCUGUAUGUGCACCAGGACUAUAUUGUCUCCCAAGACUUGAGCACCAAUGCGCCCAAAUGGAUGUGCGAGCAUUUAAAAGGCAACUACACGAAACUUAGCAGUGAUGAUGACGGCGAUGCGCUCAAUCUACGCUAUAACGACGUCUACGUUUUGAGCUGUGGCGCCACGCGCAUCUGCAAAGCAUUCAAGCGUGAGAUCUGGCGUAAGCUGGAGCAGCAUGUGGGCUAUGUCACGGACAAAUUCGGGUCUGUCUAUGUCUAUACGGGACCCAUGUAUAUGCCACACAGUCGACCCGGCGACAGCUGGCACCUGGACUAUAAUAUUGUUGACUGGAUUCCAGUUCCAACUCCCUCGCAUUACUUUAAAGUGCUCAUUAUUGAUCCUGAUCCUCAGUUAAAAGAAUGCAGUCCUUAUAUGGAAGGCUAUCUUAUAGAAAACACAAGCGGCACCGGCUGCAGUCUUGACCUAACGGACUAUCUUUGUGACGUGGCCGAGAUUGAGCGGCAUACGGGAUUGCGUUUCCAUGAAGGCCUGCAAUUUGUAGUGCGUUAUGAAAAAGAAAAAUACCAAAUAGGUAGUUCAAUUAGUGGAUUUAAAAUUUUUAGCGAAUCAAAGAACUCAGCUCACACUCAUACACAAAAUUACUUAUAAUAUGAAAUAGGUUGCCGAGGAAUUUUAGAAAAAGAAAUUUAAAUGUGUAACGGCUAUAAAUAUAACUCGUUACUUUCAACAUGUAACAGCUGAGAGUAUUUUAUU